CCCGACUGCGCGUUCCGGAGGAACGUGCAUCACCUCUCGCAUCUGCUUGCUGCUCCUGGCCCGCAUGCGCAGUGCGGCUCUCCAUCAUUUCCAAUAUCCCAGUGUAGGAGAACCAGCAGAGGCACAGAACUAAUGGGAAUCAUGGGAAACCGGGCGCCCAGCCGUGCUCCGGGAGCCUCAUGCUGAGCAGACUCCUCGCGUCUGGCUGAGUGACUGUGUUCAGAUAAAUGGUGAAGGAUCAAGAGUGAAAGUUUUUCCCUUAAAGUCACCGCCACCUCGCCGAACCCCCCGCCCCCCGAGUCGGAUGGCUCAGAGUGACUCGACGACGGAGGUCCAGGCGCCGCUCAGCUCCGUGGCCAUGAAGCAGCUGGAAGGGUAGGGUUUGCCGUGAGCUCGCCUCACCCCCGACCCUUCCGCCUCCCCGUUUGCCGUAGACGAGAGGCGCCACCGCGCCCCCCUCCCCGGCCCUCCCCACCCCCCACCACGGCUGUACACGACGGAAGAUGACGAUCGUCGCAGAGGCGCUGGUUGACGUCUGAUGUGAAAACCUGCGAGGUGUCGAGCGUAAAACCAGCGGAGCAAUGAACGGAGGAAAGGACUGCGAGGCGGGAGCCGACCGGCCGGCCGGCCCCGUCCAGGUCCCCAUCGGCUGGCAGCGCAGGGCGGAGCACGGCGGCGGCGGCGUCGUGUAUGUGAGCCCCAGUGGUUCGGUCCUGUCCAGCCUGGAGCAGGUGAAGACCUACCUGCUGACGGAUGGAACCUGCAAAUGUGGCCUGGAGUGCCCGCUUAUCCUCCACAAGGUGUUCAACUUUGACCCGGGGGCGUCUGUCAAGCAGCGGACGGCGGACGACGUGAAAGCGGACGAAGACGUGACCAAGCUCUGCAUUCACAAGAGGAAGCUGCUGGCCGUGGCCACGCUGCACAAGAGCAUGGAGACGCACCCGCCUCCGACGCUCAACAACGCAACGGCAGGUCCGUCGUCUGUUCAUUCCACAACUCAGCGAGCAAUAAGAGCUAAACCCCACGAGGGUCCGCCCAACGCCGGCAACCCUGACUGCAAGAACGCCUACAAAAUGAUGAUGGCGGCGGGACAGCAGCAGAGGUUGUAUUCGCCGCAGGAUGUGGGCGGAGCCCAGCAGCCGGACCUCUACGCUGGAUACUCCAGGGCUCCUAGACUCGGGAGUGGAGAGCCUGGCCCCAAAUCCCCAUACCGGGGUGGCUACGGAGGCAUGCUAAGCCCGCCCCCCUCCGGUGCUAAGCUGUACGGGGAGGGCUCUCAGUCGCCCGGGGCGGACACUCUGGGCAGUCCUGAGGGCUUCUCAAGGACCAAUCCUUGUGGGUUUCCUGCGGCGGGCAGCCCCGGCUCCGCCUCCGUGCACGGGAACCCGAGGACGCCACUUUCCCCGCCCGGCAUGAUGCUGCACGGCUCCCCCGCGGGCCAGCCCUCCUGCGCCAUGACGGGGAGGACUAGCACACCCCUCUCCCCCACGGCCACUGCCAAAAGCCCCGUCAUGAACAUGAACAUGCCAUGCCCUCCGGGCAUCAGGCCCCGUGUGGCGCCAUGAAAGUUCCCCCACGCUCGCCGCGGCCUGCCAUGGGGUCCCCCCGGCCGUCCAUGCCGUCGAGCCCCUCCACCAACAAAACCGACCCGCUCCACCAGUACAAGGAGUCCCAGAUGAUUCCUGGGAUGGGCAGCUCGGCCGGGGCUCACCAGCACACCAGUCCCAUGUACUCCCCCACCCCGUCCACCCCAAUGAUGUCAUCUUCCCUGGCCCCGCCCAGUGCUUCCCAGAAGGGCCACCCCGGACUGCUUGGGAUGCCCCUGAACCACAUCCUGAACCAACAGAACGCCGCCUCCUUCCCUGCCAGCAGCCUACUCUCAGCCGCAGCCAAAGCACAGCUAGCAAAUCAAAACAAACUGGGCUCCUCUGGGAACAGCCCUGCAGGCAUGCCGGGCGGGGGUAACGGAGGGGGCGGCGGCGGGCACCCCGGCUCCAUGAGCGGCCCUCGAAGCAUGGAGGGACACAGCACUUUAAAUGCAAUGCUUCCCCCAAACGCCGGCAUGCUGCUCAACACUCCCGAGGCCCCGAGCGGACGGGCCGCCCUCCGAGACAAACUCAUGGCGCAGCAGAGGGACCCGGCGCGCAAACGGAAACAGUCGUCAGGUGGUGCCGCCACCCACGACGGCCCCAACAACAUGGUCUACAACGUGAUCAGCAAACCAGGCAUGGGAGGGAACCUCAUGCCCGGCCCCAGCGCAGCAGAACAGUUGCGUAAAGUGGGUCGAAUGGGGAACCUCCCCCCAAACACUUCCAUGGCUCAGCUGCUGCAGUCCAUGAGCUCCCAGAGUUCCCACAACCUGAGCGGAAACAGCCAUCGUCCAGGCCUGAGCCCGGGGCUGGGGGCCGGCACUCCAGGAGGGGCGCAGAUCCACUACAGCGAGAACGCGGGGAUGGUCCCCACUGGCGGCCCCCCACAGAACCUCAUGGUCCAGCAGAGACAUCGGGGCCCCGCAGAUGCCAUCCAGCACUGCCAGAGCAUGGACGUCCCAGGGGGCCACCUGGUCUCCCGUCCAGGGCAGUUCCCCGACAUGAUGGCGAAGAUGCAGGCGUCCUCCAUGAGCAACUGCGGUCAGAUGGGGCAGGGCGGGCCGCCGGUGGGGCGCAACAACCCCCCACCACUGUCGCACCCUGGCCCCCACCCUUCACAGCUUCACGGCAUGGGGAGGACCAACAUGGUAGCGCCGCAUGGAGGCGGAGAUGUGAACUGCAACCAGAGUGUGUCUGAGACAGCAAACCCCUCAUCUCUCAGCUGUGGCAUGGGCGCCCUACAGCCACACGUCAACGCAGUGGGGGCUCAGGUUUACCAGCAGCAGGUGCACCAAAGCAUGCAGCAGGGCAUGUCUUCACACCCGGCCUACCAGGGGCAGCAGCACUUCUCCAACAACAUGCCCUACCCUGACGGCAACGCCGGCUCCAUGGCCUGCCUCUACCAGAACUAUCAGCAGGGAGCGAUGUCACAUCCACAGUUUGGCGAGGAGCAGCAGCCCCAAGCGGAGGGUCAUCCCGUAGGCGCGCCUGGGUCUGACAGGGGCCCCGGUGGAGGCCCGGAGGUGGUGGACGCCAUCUACAGAGCCGUGGUGGACGCUGCGAGCAAGGGCAUGCACGUCACCAUCACCACCACCGUGAGCGGGACCACACAGGCCAGCCCCGUGCCCGCCCUCAGCGCCAUGAGUGCCUUCACCGCCUCCAUCGGGGAGCCCGUCAACCUCCCCCAGGCAGUCAACGCCGUCCUGCACGGGCGGCAAGAGGGAGAGGCCCUACAGCAGGCCCGGGCGAGGCACGCCAGGUCCGGACGGGCCCAGAAGAGCAUGGAUCCAGGAAAGAGGACUCCAGAGGUCCCCGAGGCCGGUGAUUACUUCCGUUCUCCCGGCCGUGGGACUCCUAGAGGACAGUGGGAUGGAGAGGUGCAGCACGGAGGAGGGUUCGACUCGCAGACCAACAACAGCGGCUGGACCGGCGAGGAGAUAGUGGAAUGCUCCACCCAAGUAAGAAGUAGUCCCUGCAUGGAGAGACCUGCCAGUCUCGCCCCCGCCCCUCCGUGCCCCGGCGACGGGUCCGGUGACCACACCCUGGCCAUGGUCCACGACAAAGCCUUCCUCGAAGACGGCUACCGGUACAACAACUGCAACCGGACCCCUGCGAACUACAAGGAACACCUGGAGCAGACCGUAGAGCGCUGCGCCCACAUCAACGGAGCCGCCCAGCAUUUCAACACCCGGGGCUACGGCGAUGUCCUGGGCCCCUCGAGGCAAGAGCUCACCGGGGACGACCAGUCGCCCAGCUCGUCCACCAGCCUGGAGGGGCCGCUGGCCACGGCCAAGGACUACGGGCACUACAACGGCCACUUCAAUGGCAUGGCCCCCAGCCCGUCGGACACCAAGAGCCUGAGCAGCGAGGAGGACCUGCGGCAGCCGGACUCCCCCUCCUCAGAGCUGCUCCACUACCGCUCCCGGACCUUCAACAUGGGGGAGCUGGUGUGGGGCCAGCUGAAGGGUUUCCCCCCGUGGCCCGCCAAGCUAGCCGGGGACGAGCAGGUGCACGGUGCCGCCAUGCAACUGCGAGAACAGGCCAAGGUGGAGCCAGAGAAGCUUAAAACACUAACUCACGACUUGGAGGCACUGGACCGAGCUGCCAAACGAGGCCUGAAACCGGGGAAACUGAAUCACUUGCACGCUGUUUUCCACGAGGCCAUCAGCGAGCUAGAUAAGAUGUCAGGCACACAGAGACUUCGUCCGUUCAAGCCUUGAUGCGAUCUGAGCUCUAACAGGUGCUACACAUGGACUCUCAGUGGUACUGCUCCACGACUUGACUGACCACAGAAGGUGCUGGAAACUCCAAUCACCAAUACAGUUUUAACUGUAGAAGAAGAAGAAAAAAAAGACAAAAAACUGUUGCAAUUUGUCUACAGCUCACUGAAUUAACUAUUUUUUUCUAGUAUAAAUAGAAAAAAAACAAACAAAAAAAGCUGCAAGCAUUACCUUACAUAUUUAAGAAAAAUAGACAGUCCAAAUAUUUCUGAUACAUUUUCAAUAUGUAUAUAGAUUAUCCUGAAAUUUCAUGCUAUUAAAAAUUGUAUGUAAAUAUUGUACAAUGUCAUGUACAAGCGUACUUAAUGCACAUUUUAUCUUUUAUUGUACAAAAACAAAGCAGAAGAAGUGUACCAAUGUCUUGGUUUCUAUCAGAAGUGCGGCUGCGUACGGCCGCAUGCAUAGGAUAAAUAAGAAUACAGCCUAAAGCUUUUAUAUGACAAACUGUAAGUCGUGCCGUUCUUUUUUUUUUUUUAACAUCUUUUUUUGUUUUUUGUAAAGGAGGAGCAUGAGUUUCAGAAUUCUCCUUUACAAAAGUCACUUCUCACCAGUUGAGUGUUUAUUUGUGCUGGGGAGAAAUUAUUUAAAAAAACAGAAUGAACUUUACCAGCUGAAAGCGUUCAGUGUUUCCGAUUCCGCAGUCACCACCAGAAAAACAGGAAAAAGUUCUUCAAAGCAGCCUGGUUUGUAGGUAAAAAAGAUGUUUUUUCUGACUAACAAGAGUGUGAAGAAGGAAAAGUCCACCUUUAACUGUUGGAUCAAUUUCUACCUCUCAGUAUUCUUUCUUGUCAUAUUCACUCUGGUGUCAUAGCAUAAACCGGAACAAUGAUAAAUUUAAAAUGUGUCUAUCUUUUUAAUAUUUAAAAAUGACUUUAAAUGACUGUAAUGUAAAACAACCUACAACUUUGAGGAAAAAGCGUCAAUUAUUUUCAGUUGUUUUUGAUAAGAGGUCACAACAGCAGCCAUGAAGGUUAUAGUCCAUAGCAACCAUAGGGAUUUAUUCAAGUCUUCUAAUGAUAAAUACUUUUGCAAGUUUUGGUAUAUCUAUCAAAAAAUAGAUUUACAUUUUUCCUUAGCAACCACUGUUAAUGCUCAAAAGGUAGCUAAAAUACCCUGAAAUGACUACAUCUCAUGGUGUCUUUUAACCACAAGCAGUUUCAAGUCAGAUUAUUUUCUACCUCUUGAUUAUUUCUUGCUUCCUUGUGAUGUUCGUUCUGAUGUCACAGGAGGAGGAAAUAUUUUCAAUUUAAAAUGUCUUGAAAUCUCUUUUAAAAAAUAUAUAUAUCUAAAAAUGAAAAUUACCGUCAAAGAAUCUUCCCAUUAUCACUGUAAAAGUGGUUUUAAAUAAAGUGUCAGUAAAUCUUUAAGACAACUUUAAUGUAAAACAACCCAGGACUUUGCAAACUUGCAAAACCGGAAAAAAUUCGGAGUUAAAAUAAGUCGUGAAGGUUAAAGUCCAUAGCAACCAUAGAGUUUUAUUCAAGUCUUGUACUGAUAAAUACUUGUACAAGUUUUGGUUUCUCCAUCAAAAAAUAAUUUUAAAAAUUUCCUUAGCAACCACUGUUUAGGCAGGAAACGCAGCUAAAAUCUCCUAAAAUGGGUUUUAACCAAACAAAGUUUUAAAUUUUCCGCAAGGUAACAUUUUUUAUGUUAUUUUGAUAACCGAUACUUUUAGAAUAGUCUGACUGAAGGACAGUUGUGGGGCAGUAAUCCUGUUUGAUCUGUUUGAAAACGUACAAGUGCGACAACUACGACCCUUUGUCCCAAGACGGCGUCUUUGAUUGAGUCUUGGGUUUUCCUCAAAGUUGGGGAUGUUUUUAAACACUUUGUAAACAAAAUGGGAAAAUUACAAGCGGCUGUAUUCUAACGUCAGUAAAUUUUGGGGUGGAUUUUUCCUUCUAGGGAACCAGCCUGCACCUUUGAUUGUGUUCAUUUCUGCCAGAAUUAUAGCUUUAGAUAGAAUUAUGAGAUAUAUAACACUAACUUUUAUUUAGGGGCCUUUUUUUAAAAUGUAAAUUAUUUGUGUACAGUUCUGCAUAUUUAUUUUAAGCUUUACAAAUAUGAUAAUGGCAAUAAUACUACCAGGAGUUGAGAACUCGAGCCUUACGUGUGUAUAUGUGUGAUUUUCAGCUGACGCGGUGAGAAAUCAUGUCCAUCAUGACGUUUUUUUUAUUAAUUAAUUUAUGGUUUUAGUGUUACAGGAAGUGACCGUUUUUUUUUUUUAAAUGUUACAGAUUAUGAGAGGGGUUCGUAUUGACACAUUUUAACUGGCAGUGCGGAAGCUGCUCGGAAACCGAACGACAUCGCUACAGAACGAUCGAGUGCAAUAAAGACGAGAUAACGAGCGGCACCUGGUAUCCCUUUGAUCAGUGCCGUUGGCUACGUUUUUGUUUUCUUUUUCUUUUUUCCCUCUGAUGUGCUCGAAUAUCAAACUUUUUUUUAAUGAGUUCUUGCAGGUGUUUGAGCAGGUGCGGGGAUUCAUUCGAUGCUACGUACACACCAGGCAUAGCGAAGGUUUUUGUAUCGUAAGUUCACACUGGACUUUCGUUACGUAAUACUAGUACACGUCAAAUCUCAAAGCAAUUCAAAUUCUGAUAUGUGAAAUAUUUGGUGUCUUAUUAUAAGUUUCUGCUUCGUGAUCACUUUUCAAAAAGUAGGCACUUUCGUAAAUAAAAAACGACGCUACCACUAUCAAAGCAAAGUCUUUGAUUGGUCGAAGUUCAACUGUUUGACCUUUUGCCUUAAUUGGCUUCGCGUUUUGUACGUGUAGCCCGAAAACUGACUUAAAAAUUUGCGUUAACGUGGAAUCCCAAAUUGCAUAUUUACGCGCAUAUGCGUAGACGUUUGAUUAAAAGUUGUCGGCCGAACUCGUUUCCAAGCCCGGUGUGAACGUAGCAUCAGAGUCGCGAGUGCAAAAUUGUGUGCAAAUUGAUGCUAGCAACUUUAUAACCCACACACUUUUUUUAUAUUAGGACUUAAAACACUAAAUGUUUUAGAGAAACCUGCAUUUGAUUGUACUUCCGACUUGUUUAGCUUCACUACACGUGCGACCUUUUCAAAUCGACAAUUGUUUGGAUUUGAAGCAAAGUAAAAACUAAACAAAAACGUGAGCUCUUUCGGUAAAGUUCAUUCUGCUCUUCUGCCCCCGUUUCUUUUGUGCAAUGACAUCCCGGAGCCCCGCCCCCCGCAGGGCGGUCCCCACCCCCUGGGGGCGGGCCCAACCCCCCACGUGUUACAGAUCUGUCUGUUUUCAUGUUGUUUGUGGUCAAACGUUGGACACAUUUUUGUGUUUGAGGUUGUUUUUUUUUUCUCUGCCUUUGACUGUUGAGGUGUGAGUGUGACUUUUUUUUCUGGCUUUUCAAAUCUCUCCACCCCUUUUCUCGUCAGUAUUUGAUUUUUUUUUCUCAGCUUGUAAUUAAGUAUAUAUUUUCUCCCUAAUAUAUACUUAAAACCUAAAAAUAAACCUUGCGUGAAGUAUGAUGUGCACUUGAUUGCUCUUGUUUGUUUUGUUUUUUUCUUUUUUGCAUUAAUGUGGGCUAGGGAUAGUUUGUCAGAGUCCAUUAUUUUGAGAUUGUUGGGACUUUUUUUUAAUGGUUUGAUGUAAGCAGCAGAAUAUUUUGUAAAUAUUGUGAAACAUUACAGGUCAUGCAGUGAUGUAACAUUUUGAAUAAUGUUGCACAGAUGUUUAAGAUAUUAAAAACAUGUUCACUCUUACUUGAA